AUGAAUAGAAUUCCUCCCUGUAAAGGUGUAAAUGAGGAAACGCAAAAGGCUCUGGACCGAUCUCUUCUUGAUUGCACUUUCCGAUUACAAGGUAGAAACAAUCGCACGUGGGUGGCUGAGCUGGUGUUUGCAAACUGUCCACUUAAUAGCACUUCAUCCAGGGAGCAAGGACCAACCCGUCAUGUUUAUCUGACGUAUGAAAACCAGUUAUCUGAACCAGUUGGAGGUCGCAAAGUUGUUGAGAUGUUCCUUAAUGACUGGAACAGUAUUGCUCGGCUGUAUGAAUGUGUCCUGGAGUUUGCACGAUCCUUACCAGACAUACCCAACCACUUAAACAUUUUUUCAGAAGUUCGUAUCUACAAUUACCGAAAACUUAUCCUUUGUUAUGGAACUACCAAGGGGAGCUCAAUCAGCAUUCAGUGGAAUUCUAUACUCCAGAAGUUCCACAUUUCACUGGGAACCGUUGGCCCAAACUCAGGUUGCAGUAACUGUCACAACACAAUUCUGCACCAGCUCCAGGAGAUGUUUAAUAAAACACCAAAUGUGGUGCAGUUGUUACAGGUUUUGUUUGACACUCAGGCUCCAUUAAAUGCCAUCAACAAACUUCCAACUGUGCCCAUGCUGGGUCUGACUCAACGCACCAACACUGCCUAUCAGUGUUUCUCAAUCCUGCCACAGUCACCCACGCAUAUCAGGCUGGCUUUUAGGAAUAUGUACUGCAUUGACAUCUACUGCCGGAGUCGUGGUGUUGUAGCGAUACGUGAUGGGGCGUACAGCCUCUUUGACAACAGCAAAAUAGUUGAAGGUUUUUACCCUGCGCCUGGAUUAAAGACAUUCCUGAACAUGUUUGUUGACAGCAAUCAGGAUGCACGAAGACGAUCUGUGAAUGAAGAUGAUAACCCACCUUCUCCUAUUGGAGGAGACAUGAUGGAUUCUUUGAUAUCGCAGCUUCAACCCCAGCAGCCACCGCAACAACAACAACAGCAGCCAUUUGCAAAACAGGCAGGAGCAUCGGGAGCAUAUCCUCUUACUUCACCACCCACCUCCUAUCAUAACACAGUGACGCCAUCUCCAUCUAUGAUGCACACACAGUCACCAGGAAAUUUGCAUGCUGCAAGCUCACCUAGCGGAGCUUUAAGAGCACCGUCACCAGCAUCCUUUGGUCCAACUCCUUCACCUUCCUCUCUUGGAAUCACCAUGGGACAAACAGCUAACUUUGCCAGCCCACAUGGUACCAUAGACCCAAGCUCACCAUACACCAUGAUGUCACCCAGUCAGCGUGCAGGGAACUGGCCAGGAUCUCCCCAGGUCUCUGGUCCAUCACCAGCAGCACGGAUGCCUGGAAUGUCACCAGCCAACCCUUCCCUUCAUUCACCUGUCCCAGAUGCCUCUCAUUCCCCACGAGCUGGAACAAGUUCCCAAGCAAUGCCGACUAGCAUGCCUCCACCUCGUAAACUACCUCAGCGCUCUUGGGCUGCUUCCAUACCUACAAUCCUCACCCACAGUGCCUUGAAUAUUCUGCUGUUGCCCUCUCCUACCCCUGGGCUUGUGCCGGGACUAGCUGGCAGCUAUCUUUGCUCGCCUCUUGAGCGAUUCCUUGGAUCAGUUAUUAUGAGGAGGCAUCUUCAGAGGAUCAUACAACAGGAAACGCUACAGUUAAUAAACUCGAAUGAACCAGGUGUAAUUAUGUUUAAGACGGAGGCACUGAAGUGCAGGGUUGCUCUCAAUCCCAAAACCAACCAGACCUUGCAACUGAAAGUAACACCUGAAAAUACAGGACAGUGGAAAUCAGAGGAGUUACAAGUUUUGGAGAAGUUCUUUGAAACAAGGGUUGCAGGACCACCUUUUAAAGCGAACACCCUAAUAGCCUUCACAAAAUUACUAGGGGCUCCAACGCAUAUCCUCAGGGACUGUGUACACAUCAUGAAACUUGAGCUGUUCCCUGAUCAGGCAAGUCAGCUGAAAUGGAAUGUGCAGUUUUGUUUAACAAUUCCUCCCAGUGCGCCUCCAAUUGCGCCUCCAGGAACACCUGCUGUUGUGCUGAAAUCCAAAAUGUUGUUUUUCCUCCAGCUAACACAGAAAACAACAGUCCCACAGGAAGCUGUUAGUAUUAUUGUUCCAAUUAUUUAUGAUAUGGCUUCGGGUACAACGCAACAGGCUGACAUUCCCAGGCAGCAGAACUCUUCUGUUGCUGCUCCAAUGAUGGUUAGCAAUAUUCUAAAGAGGUUUGCUGAACUGAAUUCACCACGACCAGGUACUGUACAUGUCCAGUAG